AUGCCGCUGUGUGCAUGUAUUCGUCUUGAUAAAACCUGUGAGCCAUCAGAAUCGGUUCGCAGGCGCAAUGCGCAGACAGCCGCAGCCGAGGCGUCGGAUAUGCGGAUCUCUCGGCUGGAAGAUAAGAUGGAGAGCUUGUUAUCUGCCAUGCAGUCUUUCAUCGGUGCUCGGGGGGAGACUGCGCCUGCUGUCAAUGUCAUUGAACCGAUCAAUGGACACGGCAGUGCUUCAUCGAUCACGUCUCAUUCGAAUAGUACUCUGGUGAACCCGACAGGCACGAACCUUGCAUUCAGUGAUGGGUCGACAUUCGCAGCGGGUUCCAUUGCGACAGUCUCGCCGCACCCAAAUACAUUUCUACUGCCCCAUCAGUACCCUCUAUCUCCCACUACUCCAUCAUUGAUCCAGGCAGACGAACGAUUAAGUUUUUUCCGAUCCCGCAUGCUGCCAUUUUUCCCUUUCAUCGACUUGACCCCGAAUAUGACAGGCUGGUAUCUGCGGCAGAAUAGACCUUUCCUAUUUCAAGCCAUCCACACGGUGACCAUCUUCUCAACGCAAGAAAGGCUGGCUCAACUCGAAGAGUUGAAGCGUGUCUUGUUCACAUCUGCUCUGCUCGAAGUCCAGUCAAACAUUGACCUGUUGCUGGGAUUGUUGACGUAUAUAACAUGGAGCACGGAUGCUUUCCUCGGCAGAGCAGACCUCCUCUCACGACUCAUGAUGCUAGCAAUUUCACUUGUAUAUGAUUUGCGAUUGUUCAAGCCGUCCUCGACAGACGUGGAAGUUAUGAUGAUGAUCACCCAGGGGCGGGCUGAUGAUAAUAACCAGAGCCCCGCUGAUGAAACGCCCUAUGAGUUAUUGGAAAGGCAGCGGGCAGUACUGGCAUGUUUUAUACUGAGCUCCAAGUGCGUGUGCUCUCUGAUUAUUUAUCAAACUCGACAGGAGUCUUGUGCUCGCGGCUCAGCGUUACUAACAUUGACUUUCUCAGUAUCUCGUCCCACCUUGGGCGCCAAGAUGCUUUACGAUGGACGCCGCAAAUGGAGGAAGCGCUUCGACUCAUUACCACGAAUAAAUCAUGCGCCUCAGAUGAGUUAUUCGUCUCUCAAGUCCGCUUACAGUUGUUAA